AUGAGUGCAUUCACGCCAAAACGAAAAGCGAAAGUAAUCAAGGUCCUUGAUGACGACGAAGAUUACACGGGAAAAGCUUCGCCAACUGGCCAAGCGCCAGUGAAAGAUGAAGGUGAACCGGUAGCAGUAAAAUUCACGAGAAAGCCAUUUCGUCAAUCUGGUUUGCGCAAGAGUAUCAACUUCAACGAAACCGACGACUCGAAUGGCGGCGUCGCGAUCGGCGCAACCACGAAACCGAAACCCAAACCCAGGGUCGCGGAACAGGACGACGAGGAUGAUGAUGGGCCCGUGGUCAUUCGUCCUGCGGUCAGUCGAUCGAGUUCGCUGAAACAAAAGAAGCGCCAGUCCUCCUCGAGGCUGUCUUUCGGCGGCGCUGGAGGCGAUGGCGACGAGGGAGCGAAGCCAGAGUACACGACUCCGAAGAAAUCGACCUUGGGCCACCAGGCACUCGAGAACAGCGCGAUCAAGAACCGAUUACCCAUGCGGUCAUUCCGCGACGAAGACGAAGACCGUCCAAAGUACAGCAAAGAGUACUUAAGCGAACUGCAAAACGAGACGCCAAACACGCCGCAGAAUAUGACUUCCCAGCGCAUGGAAGAUGAAGAUGGGAUGGAUCUGGACUCCUCCGAGCUAGAGGGCGCGGUGAUAGUCAACCAGGAUGAUUUUGCAUCUCUACCAGCAGAGACAAAUAUUCUUACCGAAGCCGAGAUCCAGGAGAGGAAGCAGCGUCGGGCUCGACUGGCGCAAGAGCAGGAUGGGGACUUUAUCUCCUUUGACGACACAGAGGAGGGCGGAACCUCUCUGCGGAAGAAGAAGACCGAAACUCGCCUCGUUGCUGAGGAUGAAGAUCUCGGCGAAGGAUUCGACGACUUUGUCGAGGACGGAGGCUUGUCGCUGGGCAAGAGGGCCGAGAGGGAGGAGAAGCAACGCCGCAGGCGCGAAAUGGCUGAGCAGAUCAAGAUGGCCGAGGGAGACUCGGGCGAUGAGUCUGAUGCUUCGGAGGCAGCACGGCGCGCGGCCUUUGAGGCGGCACAGACAAGAUCGGGAAUGGACGGCCUAGAGAAGCCCGAGCGCAAUCCCGCCGAGCAGCUCCUACAGGUCCCGCCAAAGAUCACGCCGCUGCCGAGUCUGACGGAUUGUCUCUCGAGGUUACAGGCGACAAUGCGCGCCAUGGAGCUCGAGCUUGCGGAGAAGAAGAAGCGGGUGGAUGAGUUGAGACAGGAGAAGGACGGUAUCACAAUCAGGAAGGAUGAGGUUCAGCAGUUGCUCAACGAAGCUGGGCAAAAGUACACCGCCGCAGUGGGCAACGGAGCAUCGGUCGAAUCGGCUACGCAAUCGCCAGCUAGACAAAUUACGAAUGCCGGGGCCAGCGAGCUGAGGGUUGAAAGGGGCCUCGAGAGCUUAGGAACAACACCAAAUAAUCGACCGGACGUAGGAGACGUCGACUAG